CCGACGAUGGUCCCCGACCAGACACCCGCCUCCGGCCAUCACUACCACCGUCACCAUCAUCAUCAUCAUCAUCACCAUCAUCACCAACGAAGCGCAUCCACCACCCCCAGCCAUGGACCAACCACCACCGACACUUCCGAGGAGUUCGUCGCAGUUUCGAAGAAGCGAAAGCUCUCCUGCCAUGACGGUAGCGAUUUAUUGGACGACGCGGGAGACGAUGCCAAAUCUGUUCGCACAAACGACGACAGCAAAAAGCAAAAUCACAGCGAAAUCGAGAAAAGAAGGAGGGACAAGAUGAACACCUACAUCACCGAGCUUUCAGCGAUGGUGCCAAUGUGCCACGCGAUGUCCCGUAAACUCGACAAGCUGACCGUGCUAAGGAUGGCUGUGCAACACUUGAAGACUAUCCUCGGGGCUGUUACCUCAUACACGGAAGGUCAUUAUAAGCCAGCGUUCCUCAGCGAUCAGGAGCUCAAGACGCUCAUACUUCAAGCUGCGGAGGGUUUUGUCUUCGUGGUGGGCUGUGAUCGUGGAAGAAUUCUCUAUGUAUCCGAGUCUGUUUUGCAGACACUCAAUUAUUCUCAGGGUGACCUGUUGGGUCAAAGUUGGUUCGAUAUCCUCCACCCGAAAGAUGUUGCCAAGGUGAAGGAACAGUUGUCCUCUUCGGAUCUUAGUCCACGCGAACGAUUGAUAGACGCAAAAACGAUGUUACCGGUGAAAACAGACGUGCCGCAGGGUGUAUCGAGACUGUGUCCAGGAGCGCGGAGGUCUUUUUUCUGUAGAAUGAAGCGGAAAGUUGAAGGGGUUCGUUGCGGUGAAUUGCAAGUGAAGGAGGAGGCCGACACUACCAGUGGCUGUCAUCGACGGAAAAAACAACAAAACGUGGACUGGAAGUACUGUGUAAUCCAGUGUACCGGAUACUUGAAGUCCUGGGCGCCGGCAAAAAUCGACCUCGAGGAACAGGAAGGCGAUGGAGAUGGUGAAGCUUGCAAUUUGUCGUGUUUAGUUGCGGUCGGUCGAUUACAGUCCACGAUACCUACGUCCUUGCCUAAAAAGCCACGUUUGCGACCUAUAAAAUUUGUUUCGCGACACGCGAUGGACGGCAAAUUCCUUUUCGUCGAUCAGAGGGCUACGUUAGUAUUAGGUUUCCUCCCGCAAGAGCUCCUCGGCACGAGUAUGUACGAAUAUUAUCACCACGAUGAUAUUCCUCACCUGGCGGAAUCUCAUAAAGCUGCUCUUCAGGCGUCCGAGUGCGUCACCACACAGAUAUACAGGUUUAGGACGAAAGGUGCGAGCUUCGUGAAGCUUCAAUCCGAAUGGAAAUCUUUCAGAAAUCCGUGGACCAAAGAUAUCGAGUACCUAAUAGCCAAGAACUCUGUUACUUCUUGUGACUCCCGAUCGAUUACAAACAGUGGAAACAGAUCUGAGGAUUCUAGUGUUCAGGGCAACUACGACUAUUUUACACAAAGUAACGGUGGAUUAGAAAGAUUGAUCUCAAGUCACGUAGAGGUAAGUAAAAUUGGUCGCCAGAUAGCAGAGGAAGUCCUGGAUCUUCAGAGACGCGGUGAAGAUUCCUCUUCCGGUAGCAGUCCAGCGCCAGGACAGGACCCUGCUUUGUUAAAUACCGAGUCACAGAUCACUACUACCGCAUCGCCUGAGAGAGUCCAGGACGUGGCGCAGCCAGCCAGAGGCAACAACAACAGCAGCAGUAAUCCUACACCAACAUACAACCACAUAGCAAACAACUUGCAGCUGAACAGCAUCGCGAACGACCAAGACGAGAAUAUGAUGGACAUGAUCGGUGGUACCACGAUUAAUGAAUCACCGAACCCGGUGCCAUCGGAUGGCAACGACGAAGCAGCAAUGGCCGUGAUAAUGAGCCUCCUAGAGGCAGAUGCAGGUUUAGGUGGUCCCGUGGACUUUUCUGGUUUACCCUGGCCUCUUCCAUAGUACAUUUGAAUUCUCGGUCCACGUGAAACUGAAUCGAUCUUCUCAAGUGUUCGAUGGAGAUACCUUAUGCUGACUGUUUCACAACCUAGAAGUGUGUGUACAUAUAGUUUCAAGU